CCUUAGCGACCUGCAGAGGCAACACAUCGCUAAAUCAAAUCAUCACAUCAGGAUCUCUUUUAUUUACCGAGGGAAUAAAACAAAACAUGGGGCAGGAAGGGAGUCACAACGAGGAGAUGGACUUGGCUCAGAUUCAGGAGCUGUGCCUCGUCUUCAUGAAGGAGUGUCCGAGCGGAGCCCUGCACCUGCACGAGUUCAAGAGGAUCUUCGGUGUGCCGAGCACCUCUGCAGAGGAGUCCCUCUACAUGGAGACGAUAUUCCGCUCCUUCGACAAGAAUAAGGAUAACACACUUGAUUUCCUGGAGUAUGUCGCUGCUCUUCACUUGAUCUUACGAGGGAAUCUCGAAGACAGACUCAAGUGGUCGUUCAAGAUGUACGACAAGGACGGGAACGGCAAGCUGGACAGGCAGGAGGUGAAGCGUAUCAUCAGGAUCAUUUACAAAAUCAAGCUCCAGAGGAACCAGGUCAACAUGUCGCCGUCUGAGAUCUGUGACAGGAUCUUUGAGCUGGUGGAUGUGAAUAAAGAUGGUCAGAUAACUCUGGCUGAGUUCAUGGAGGGCGCCCAGCAGGAUGAAUGGGUGAUGAGGAUGUUGAAGCUGGACGUGAACGCGACGGGCUGGGUCAUCCAGAACGUAGGGAGGGUCCCGUGAUGUUUCCCUGAGUGGGUUCAGAGCCCACAGCUUUUUACUUGAGUCUGACGAGGAGGAGCUGCCGUCUUCAUCCCUCGUCUCUCUCGUCGUUGGUCUCCUUGCUGAGCGUCUCGUGUGCUGCACAGGGAGCUCGUUGCACUUUUUCACGGCUGCAGUCCUGCUGUGAUUUUGACAGCAGGUCCGAGUCUGAGCCUUGCUGCAUGCUGUGGAUGAGCUAAUGCCUCUAUGUAAGGAAACCCAUCAGUCACAGAGGAUGUUUUAUAUGUAAAUACACUCGAUUUUUUAUUUGUACAUAAAUUACUGGAGUUAUUUUAGUUUAGGAGUCGAUUACAUGCAU